AUGUCUACCGAACAACAAGCACUUUCUUACGCCGCAGUUAUCUUGGCUGACGCCGACUUGGAGCUUUCAAGUGAGAAUCUUUUGAAGUUGACUCAUGCUGCAGGUUUGGACAUGGACAGCGUUUGGGGUAACAUCUAUGCCAAGGCUCUUGAGGGACAGGAUUUGAAGAAGCUUUUGAUUAACUUCAACAUUUCUUCUGCUGCUGCUGCUCCAGCUGCUGCCUCUGCUGCCGCUGCUGGUGAAGCUGAUGCUGCUGAGGAAGAUGAGGAAAAGAAGGAAGAAUCAGAGGAGGAAGAGGAAGAUGAUGUUGACAUGGGUAUGGGUUUGUUUGAUUAG